AUGGGUGACUACUCGAAAGCACUUGAAUUUUACCAAAAAUCACAUAAAAUCUUCGAAAAAGCUCUGCCUCCGAAUCAUCCCAAUUUGGCUACUUCCUACAACAACAUCGGUCAAGUGUAUAACGACAUGGGUGACUACUCGAAAGCACUUGAAUUUUCCGAAAAAUCACAUAAAAUAAAAGAAAAAGCUCUGCCUCCGAAUCAUCCCGAUUUGGCUACUUCCUACAACAACAUCGGUGAAGUGUAUAGAAACAUGGGUGACUACUCGAAAGCACUUGAAUUUUACGAAAAAUCACAUCAAAUCCUCGAAAAAGCUCUGCCUUCGAAUCACCCUCAUUUGGCUGGCUCCUACAACAACAUCGGUCUCGUGUAUGACAACAUGGGUGACUACUC